AUGGCGCAGAAUCAAUCGACUUCGCUCUAUGUGGGCGAUUUGGAUGGGAAUGUGAUUGAGUCGCAGAUUUACCAUCUUUUUAGUCAGGUGGGCCAGGUGGCGUCUGUUAGGAUUUGCAGGGACAUUGGCACUCUACUCAGCCUUGGAUAUGGUUACGUUAAUUUCAACCAUCCCCAGGAUGCGGCAAGAGCUAUAGAAGAGUUGAAUUUCACGCCUCUGAAUAACCAGCCGAUUCGAAUUAUGUACUCUCGUCGGGAUCCAAGCAUUCGGAGGAGUGGCACAGGAAAUAUCUUCAUCAAGAAUCUGGACAAAGGAAUCGACAACAAAGCGUUACGGGAUACCUUCUCAAGUUUUGGGACUAUUCUUUCGUGCAAGGUAGCAACAUACUCCAAUGGCCAAUCUAAGGGUCAUGGAUUUGUGCAAUUUCAUACCCAAGAGGCGGCGCAAAGUGCUAUUGAUAGGUUGAAUGGAAUGCUUAUCAACGAUAAACAAGUGUAUGUUGGACAUUUUCAUCGUAAGCAGGAGAGGGAGACGGCGAUAAAUGAGACAAAGUUCAACAAUGUUUAUGUGAAAAAUCUAUCUGAGUCUACUACAGAUGAUGAUCUGAAGAGAAUUUUUGGGGAGUAUGGGAAGGUCACUAGUGGUGUAGUGAUGAGGGACGGCGGUGGAAAAUCCAAAUGUUUUGGUUUUAUCAAUUUUGAAAUUGCUGAUGAUGCUGCUAAAGCUGUUGAAGCUCUAAACGGAAAGAAAUUCGAUGAAAAAGAGUGGUACGUUAGGAAAGCCCUGAAGAAGCCGGAGAGAGAGCAAGAACUUCAAAAUCAAACUGCCCGAGAAGCUGGCAACAAAGUUCAAGGAACUAAUUUAUAUGUCAAGAACUUGGACGAUAAAAUUGACGAUGAAAAGCUGAAAGAGCUGUUUGCAGGAUUUGGUACCAUAACUUCUUGCAAGGUCAUGCUUGGUCCUACUGGAGUAAGCAAAGGUUGUGGAUUUGUUAGGUUUUCAACUUCAGCGGAGGCUGCUCGUGCUCUUGCCCAGAUGAAUGGCAGAAUGGUGAUCAGAAAGCCACUGUAUGUGGCAGUGGCGGAGCGGAAAAAAGAUCGGACGGCAAGAUUACAGGCUCAGUUUUCACAAAGGAGAGCUGUUCCGACAAUGCUUCCACCCGUUGGUCCUCGUAUGCCGCCGAUAUAUCCUCCUGUUGCAGCUGCCAUGGGGCAGCAACUAUACUUUGGGCAAGGUCCUCCGGCCAUAGUUCCUCCUCAGGCCGGAUACGGCUAUCAGCCACACCUUGCUCCCGGAAUGUGUCCAGGUGGGGCUCCAAUUCAUAAUUUCUUUGUUCCUGUAGUCCCACCGGGGCAACAGGGCCAACGCCCCCGCCCCCGCCCCCGCCCUGCUGGAAGAUGUGGACAACAAAAUCAGCAACCUGUUCCUAUGGCUAUGAUGCUGCCCCAAACGGUUCCUCAGGGUAGGAUGUACGGGUACCCUCCUGGCGCCAUGGCGCCAGCUGCAUCAGAGAUGAGGUCUGUUCCAUUUGACGUGGGCACCAUGCUUCCCCAAGAUGCCGUUGUCGCCCCAAAGCCCGUGUCAAUCUCGACUGCUCUCGCAAGUGCUCAGCCCGAAUAUAAGAGGAGGAUCUUGGGCGAGUACUUGUACCCGCUCGUCGAUCAGCUCGAGCACGAUCAUGCUGCCAAAAUCACGGGAAUGCUACUGGAGAUGGACCAGACUGAGGUUUUGCAUUUGCUGGAGUCGCCAGAAGCUCUGAAAGCUAAAGUUGCCGAGGCUGGGGAUUUGCUGAGGAACGCCCCACCUCUGGCGCCGGGUAACAGCUCUGCCAAUCAGCUCGCCUCCUAGUCUAUCAACCACGAAUUUCAUUCAUUUUUACACAUUUUUUUUUUUUUUGCUAGAUUAGAUUAUUUAGGUUUGAAUUUAUUAUUUUUAUGACCCAUUUUGAUUAA